AUGUCGGUCCUUUUUAUAUGGACCUUCUUCUCGGUGCUCGCCGCUGCCAUGGAUCCACCCGUUGAGAGAGGGGACGACCCUAUCUUCGGGCGAAGGCUCGCCGAAAAUACAGUCUCUGAUGGCCUUCACCGCUGGCACGCCGUGGGGGUUGCCACUGGGCUUCUGCUGGCGUCAAUUGCUGGGUUAACAGUCAAGCACACCCAUCAUUGUAACGGCCAACACACUGCCAGCCGAGCGGGGGCCCAUCAGACUUGGUCAUUUUGGGUAUCCAUGAUCUGCUUCCUCAGUUUCAUGCCCUCAGCACAUGUUGGGGACUUUUGGCAGGGGAUGGUGGUCGCGCUGUGCCUCGCAAGUCUUGAGAUGUUUCGACAGGCCCAGAACGAGUGGUUCGGCAUCACAAUGAACCUCGCUCGGCAUACCCCUUCGCUAGUGGCAUUCCUUAUUGUCGUCUUCAUCGGAAUUCAUGGGCCCGCUGCUGAUGGCUCCUAUAUUUCACUCACGGGGAUGUGGGGACCACCAGCGUUCUGGUUGAGCCUGUCAUUUCUACCCCAGUUGAUGAGCGAUGAUCGAGGCCGUAUGCCCACCUCUGGGACAGCGCAUACGCUGUAA